AUGGCCAAGGAGGAGGAGAAGCCCAAGGCACAGGACAAGGGAAAGGGCAAAGCCGAAGAUGCAAAGCAGACCAACGGCGUCAACGGCGCCAAAGCAGAUGGCAAAGAUGGCAAGAAGGAAGGCGACCUUGAUUUGCCUCCGGAGGAGUUGAACGAGGAAGACCAGAAGCUCAAGGAUGAGCUGGACAUGCUCGUUGAGCGGUUAACAGAGUCAGACUCGUCGCUGUAUAAGCCCGCCCUCGAAGCCAUCAAGACCAGCAUCAAGACGUCAACAAGUUCGAUGACCGCAGUGCCCAAGCCGCUCAAGUUCCUGCGACCGCAUUACGAUAAGCUCACAGAGGCGUACGAGAAGUGGCCCAAGGGUGCGGACAAGGACUCGCUGGCAGAUACACUCUCCGUGCUGGGCAUGACAUAUUCCGAUGAUGAAGACCGGCGGGAUACUCUGAAGUACCGUCUGCUUGCGCCGGGCACAGACAUCGGCUCCUGGGGCCACGAAUACAUGCGCCAUCUUGCUCUUGAAAUUGGCCAAGAGUAUCAAAAGCGGUUGGAUGAAGACAAGGACACUGAUGAUAUCACUCAGCUUGCGCUCAGUCUCGUGCCGUUCUUCUUGUCUCACAACGCAGAGGCCGAUGCGGUGGAUAUCCUCUCUGAACUCGAGAUGAUUGAGUCGAUCAAAGACCAUGUCGACGAGAACACUUACAGCCGAGUCUGCCUCUACAUGGCAUCGAUGGUCCCUCUCCUCACAUACCCCGACAACGACCGCUUCCUCCGAACCGCCCACGACAUCUAUCUCCACUACAAGCAGCUCGCGCAAGCCAUCUCCCUCGCUAUCAGACUGAACGACAUGGAGUUGAUUCGAUCCGACUUCAACGCAACCAAGGACAAGGCUCUUCGCCGUCAACUCGCAUUCAUUCUGGCGAGGCAGCGGAUAUGCUUGGACUUGGAUGAGAAGGAGGCUGAGGAAGACCCAGAACUGCAGGAGUGUCUCAACAACACCAAGCUUCCCGAGCACUUCAAGUCGCUGGCGAAAGAGUUGAACGUGCUGGAUCCAAAGGUACCAGAGGACAUCUACAAGUCACAUCUCGAAUCAAGUCGGACUGCGGGGCUCACUAACACGGAUUCCGCACGACACAAUCUUGCCUCUGCCUUCGUCAACGCCUUCGUCAAUGCAGGAUUCGGAGAUGACAAGCUGAUGUUGGUCGAGGGCGGUGUCAAGCAGAGUUGGAUCUGGAAGGUGAAGGAAGAAGGCAUGAUCUCGACGGCAGCAUCAGCAGGUAUGCUCAUGCUGUGGGAUGUGGAGAUGGGUCUGGACAAGAUUGAUGCCUACACCUACGUGCCUGAAGACCAGAUCAAAGCUGGUGCCGCUAUGGCCAUGGGUAUCAUGAACUCGGGUGUGAGGCUCGACAGCGACCCGACAAUGGCGUUGCUGGGUGACUUCGAGGGCAAGAGUGUCAGCGAGAAGGUCGCCAGAAUCAUGGGUCUUGGUUUGGCAUAUGCUGGGUCGAACAAGGAGGACCUCCUCGAGAUCCUGCUGCCUCUCGUUCUUGAUACCGGCUUGGAGAUGCAGCUUUCAGCUACGGCAGCUCUGUCGCUUGGCCUGAUCUUUGUCGGAACUGCGCAGUCAGAUGUCAGCGAAGCCAUCAUCCAAACGUUCCUUGACGAGGACCGCAACAAGCAGCUCAAGGACAAGUGGACACGCUUCAUGACUCUCGGUCUGGCCAUGCUGUACUUUGGACAGCAAGAAGAGGUGGACGUUGUCCUGGAGACCCUCAAGGCUAUUGAGCACCCAAUGUCCAAGCCAGCGUCUGUCUUGGCUGAGAUCUGUGCCUGGGCCGGGACUGGUGCAGUGCUCAAGCUGCAGCAGCUCCUCCACAUCUGCAAUGACCAUCUCGAGGAGAAGGACGAGAAGGAUGACGACAAGGACAAGAAGGAAGAUGGCGAUGAGAAGAAGGACAUCUCAGGUGAACAGACAGUCCAAGCAUACGCUGUACUUGGCCUGAGCUUGGUAGCCAUGGGCGAGGAGGUAGGCCAGGAGAUGGUUCUGCGACAGUUUGGACACCUGAUGCACUAUGGCGAGCCAAACAUCCGCAAGGCAGUACCCCUGGCCAUGGGUCUUAUCAGCCCGUCCAACCCACAAAUGAAGGUCUACGACACAUUGUCGAGAUACUCCCACGACAACGACAUCGACGUCGCCAUCAACGCCAUCUUUGCGAUGGGAAUCCUGGGAGCUGGCACCAACAACGCCCGUCUUGCGCAGCUUCUGCGGCAGCUUGCCUCAUACUACCACCGUGACGCCAAUGCACUCUUCAUGGUACGAAUCGCACAGGGUCUUCUACACAUGGGCAAGGGCACGAUGUCGAUCAACCCAUUCCACACUGAUCGCUCAGUGCUAUCAAGAGUCGGCGCUGCCGGCCUGCUCACCGUGGCAAUCUCUCUCAUCGAUAACCCCAAGGCCUUCAUCCUUGGCGAUCACCACUACCUGCUCUAUUACCUCGUCACCGCCAUGCACCCGCGCUUCUUGAUCACGCUCGAUGAAGAGCUCAAGCCGGUGCAGGUCAACGUAAGAGUGGGUCAAGCCGUGGACGUGGUUGGCCAAGCUGGUCGGCCAAAGACCAUCACUGGUUGGCAAACACAGUCGACGCCAGUCCUACUUGGCUAUGGUGAGCGUGCGGAGCUCGAAGAUGAGGAGUGGAUCUGUCUGGCGAACGUCAUGGAAGGUGUUUGCAUACUGAAGAAGAACCCUGACUGGGAGGCUCCGUGA